GCAAGUGGACUUAUAUAAUUAUUAUUUUCCAUUUUAAUAUUCGCAUAAACAAAAAGUCUGUGAGUCGAAACAAAACAAGUUGUACUUGUGAUUUUCAUUUCCAUUUUGAGUUAACACAGCAGUUACACAUAUUCAUUCACUUCACACUUUGACUGUUGAAUUCCAGAUUCAGAUUAUUCUUCGACCAUGAUUCUCAUACUUCGCGUUUUCCCAAACAAGGUUUGACAACAACAACAACUACAAUAAUCUCAAUCGCUUCUUCAAUUUUUACUACUUCAUCACUAUCUUAAUCCUCAUAUAAACAUCUUUCUAGGGUUAGGGUUUUGGGAUUCUUUUUUUCAAAGUUCCUCUUUUUAUCGAUUUAUACCAAAAUUCAACCAAAAGGGUAUUUAGGGUUUGCGUUUGUUUAGUCAAUUAACCAUGCAAUUCAGGCGGGGCGAAGAAGAUUCGGGUCCUGAUCCAUUUAGGAGAAACCGCCUUGAUGGGUUGGAUCGGUCUCCGGUUCAGCAGAGGAAAUUGAGUCCUCUGAAGGUGGAUGGAGUUAGAAGGGUUAGUGGUGUUGGCAACAAAAGGGGUGGUGAUGGAUUUGAAGUAAGGGAUUCUGAUUGGCAUUUGAGUAGUCGAAGAAGCGUUAGGGUUCAAUCGAGGUCCCCUCCUGUUGAUCGGGCAAGGAAAAGGUCACAUUUUGAUGAUGGGGUUGGCAAUAGAAGUUCUUCACCACCACCUUUGGGGUUGAGACCAAGAUAUGAGUAUUCAAAAACCAUGGAUUACUGUGGUGUUGAUGACGAAAAAUUGGACGUGAAGCGUGUUUAUCUCAAUAGAGAAAAGGACUUGAUUGAUAGCAGAUUAGGUGGUGGAAAGAGUAUUGUGGAUCAGAGGUUUUUGAGAAGUGAAAAUGAAGUAGGAGGUUCAUAUAGGUCUACUAUUCCGGAUAUCAGUGCAAGUGAAGUAUCACGAUAUGAGGAAGACGGUGGGAACUUGCCUCCGCCGUCAAGGAGUGUGCCAACUGGGAGAUUUGAGCAUGAAAGGCUUCAUCACCGAGAGCAUUUGCCUGUGGAUAAAGUACCCAUCAGUGCAAGUGCAGCAUCAGGAUACGAGGAAGACGGUGGGCACUUGCCUCCACCAUCAAGGAGUGUCCCAACUGGGAGAUUUGAGCAUGAAAGGAUGCAUCACCGAGAUCAUUUGCCUAUGGAUAGCAUACCCAUCAGUGCAAGUGCAGCAUCACAAUAUAAGGAAGAAGGUGAGCACCUGCCUCCACCAUCAAGGAGUAUCCCAACUGGGAGAUUUAACCAUGAAAGGCUACAUCACCGAGAGCAUUUGCCUGUGGAUAAGGUACCCAUCCGUGCAAGUGCAGCAUCACGAUCUGAGGAAGACGGUGAGCACCUGCCUCCGCCAUCAAGGAGUGUCCCAACUGGCAGAUUUGAGCAUGAAAGGCUACAUCACCGAGAGCAUUUGCCUGCGGAUAAGGUACCCAUCACAGAAUCCCACGGUGGGGCUGAUAAAACAAUGUUUCAUACAAGGGAUGUUUCCUAUUUCAAAGCAUCUCCCUCUUAUGCAAAGGAUUUUGCAGGAACUUCUCACUUGAGGGAUUAUGGCAGCUCCUCCGUGGAAAUGAGGAGGAGCGAUUUUCUAUGCUCGCGUGGUGACUGUGUCUGUUCGCUUACAUCUUAUGAUGAUCAGCCUAGGAGCAGCGGAAAGCUUGCAGAAGGUGAAGGAUUUAGUGGGCAUGGCCAAAGGCUACCCAUAGACACUAGUAGAGGUCCUGAAAUUGGGCAGAGGAAUAUUAUGUGCGGUCAUCGAUGUGAGUAUAGUCCUGCCAGGACGGAUCAUAUGGAUUAUUUUAAUUCCAGAUUACAUACAAGAGCAGCACAAGAUGAGUAUUUAUAUCAGUAUGAUGAGAUACCUAGAAGGGUAGCUCCUCAUGGUCGAUUGGACUAUGAGCAAGCUGUAAUUGAAUAUGAUAAUAGGGAGUUGUCCAGAAAAUAUAAUUCACAUCCAGAUUUAGAUAGAACUGGUGAGAGUGAAGAUUAUUAUUAUCAUGGAAAUCAAAGAAGGGGUAUUAUGCAUGAGCAUGACUACCCUGCAUCACAGAAUCCAAAAUAUGUUGACUAUCACGAUAUGAGAAGAACAUCAAUUGCACCAAAACAGGGUGUGGGGUAUUUGCAUUCUGGAUAUAAUCAUAGUGAAAUUGGGAAAAGAAUGCCAAAUGAUUAUGAAGUUUCAUAUAUGGAUGCACCAGAUGCUGGUUAUCAAAAAUCAAGUUUAAGAAUAGAAUAUGAAUCUCGAAGAGAUGGCAAUCCAGGGCUUCAUCAAGAAAGGUUUCAGAGUUCACCACUGCCUAAGCAUGAUUCAGAAACCUACAGACAAGCUGUAAGAGUGCAGGAAAUGAAUCAGGAUGUUGGCCUUCAUAAUUCCGAUAGACUUAUGAAAAGAAAAUACUAUGCCAAUGAAGAAAUAGAUGGGCAUGAUUUGAGAACAAUGAAAUCAAGUAAAUGGGGUGCAACUGAAGAAUAUCAAGAUUAUUAUGAAUGUGAAGAGUGGGUAGAUGAUGAAGAUACGGUGUAUUCAUAUGAUAAUGUUGGAUCCAACCAUAAGAUAUACAGGAAGCAUACGAAUAAAUACAAUGAGUUGGAGAAUGAAGAAGGUUUUCCUUCUGAUAAGAGGAUAUCGCCUCAAGUUUCUAUGGGACAUGUACAAAGACCAUCAUUUCGAUCUCAGAAGUAUUCCAGUCAAAAUAUAAGGCAUCAUUCAAAGUCCAGUUCAUCAAACUGGUAUAAAUCUCAGCAUUUUUCUAGAAGAAAUGCAAAUCAAAAACAACCUAAAGGUUGGAAAAAGUAUCAUGGACAUUAUGAGCACAAUCAUACAACUAAUGACGAGUCAUAUGAAGAUUUGGCAAGUGCUGCAGAACCUGAGCCAGCUGAGGGUUCUGAGGAGUUUUUACAAAUGGUACAUGAGAAUUUCUUAACGUACUCCAAGACAUUGAAUCUGAACUUAUCUGUCCAAAGAAGGUACCAGAAACAAGGAAAAGCUGGUUGUUUGUACUGCAUCGUAUGCGGUAAAAGUUCCUCAAAGGAAUUCAUGGACACUCGAAGCUUAGUAACUCAUGCUUUUAUGUCCCAUAAGGCUGGGCUGAGAGCUAAACACAUGGGUCUUCACAAAGCCAUAUGUGUUAUGAUGGGAUGGGAUACUGCUGUUCCUCAAGAUACAGUAACUUGGGUUCCCCAGGUCUUGCCCCAUGCUGAAGCUUUGGCUCAAAAGGAGGAUUUGAUUCUUUGGCCGCCAAUUGUUAUCAUUCAUAAUAUUUCAAUGUCUGAUGACAAUCCUCAAAACUGGAAGGUUAUAAGUAUGGAAACAAUUGAGGCGUUUAUAAGAGGUAAAGGUUUUGUGAGGGGACGAAUCAAAUUAUGCUUAGGCAAGCCUUCAGACCAAAGUACUAUUCUGGUGAAGUUCUUGGGCACAUUUGUUGGGCUGGGAGACGCAGAGAGGAUUGGUAAAUAUCUUUCUGAUAGCAACCGGGGGAGAGCUGAUUAUGGGAGGGUAAAAUCCGAAGGUGUCAAAAAUUGUAACAUCGGAGAUACAGAUCAGGCAGACGAAGUGGAGAAUUUACUUUAUGGUUAUGUGGCAAUUGCAGAGGACUUCGAGAAACUAGAUUUCAAUAGCAAGAAUUGGAGUUCGGUGAAGAGCAGGAAGGACAUUGAUGACCUGGAUAAAGAUCCUGUUAAAACCGACGAGAGGCGCUGAUUAUAAUAUACUUGACGGCUCUUUCAAGAAUUUCAUGGUUCCUGGUGCUUUAAUUCGAGUGCUCUAAUUGCAUAAUUUGUCCUUCCCUAUGCUUAUGUUAGUAGUUCUUGUAUAUAGGACAGGAUCUGCAAUUGUAAGAGUUCUUUUUCUGUUUGUGAAUUCAUAUAACUGAUUUGACUGAAAGCUGAUGCAGAAUCAUGUGUUUCUGUGCUUUAGCAAUAUAGGCGUUUUAUAUGACCGUUCAGGAUGAAUGUAUCCAAAUGUUCUUAAUAUUAUUUCAUUUAAAUACAAUGGUUAAGGAGGAAAAGGCAGUAACUAAGGUCGUCCACAAUGGAUGAUACUUAACCCAUGAUUUUAUGUGUGGGAGAGUGCCAAUUUGUUCCUUGCAUUGUGAGCCUA